AUGAGAUUAUAUAAAGAAAUGAGAAAAAUGCAGAAAAAUUCAGCGAAUUGUAUAUUUUUUAAAAUUUUCAUUAUUGUUAUCAUGUUUUGUACCUUACAAAGUGCUAGCCAUAUAGAAAAAGAUAAUUUACCUGACCUGCAAGGUGAAAUACAUAUACAUAAUAAUAUAAUAGCUCGUAGUUUGGCAUCAGCAUAUAUUUCAGAACAAAGAUAUAAAAAGGUUGAAAUGAAUAGUAAUGAUUUGGAAAGAAAAUGGAAAAACAUAAGUUUUGAAUGGAGAAGAGAUUUGAAUGAUAUAUGUAAGCAGAUAUUUUGGGAAUUUAAAAAAGUAUGUAUAAAGAAUAAUGUAAAUGUAGAUAUAGAAAAUGAUAUGUGGAAAACAUGGAGAGAUCAAGUACAAAAUCGUAUUAUAAUGAAAGAAGAAGAAGAUAAUAAAGAUUAUUUAAAAUUUAAAGAAACCCCUUAUACUACUAGAGAUAUGGAUAAAUUUAUAUAUGAAAAAACCAUAUCAUUUAAAAUAUUUAACGAUGAAUUAUUGAGUGAAAAAGAUUCCUUCAUUGAUUGUCUUAUAAGUAAAUGGUUAAAAUAUAAAGAGGAACAUUUAGAUACAAAAGGAGUUAAGGAAUUAAAAGAACAAUGUAAAAAAAGUAAAUUAAAAAUGGGGGGAAAGAAAAUGAAGAACAAAAAAAUUAUGGAAAUAUAA